AUGAACACUAUCAUUUCAGAAACAAAUGAUAAAAGUAGUGAUGACAAUAUGCAUGAUAAUUAUUUGUAUUACCCUAAUUUUAAAAUGUACAUAAGUGAAAAUAAUAAUAAUUAUAAUAAUAACAAUAAUAAUAAUAAUAAUAUCAAUAAUAAUUUGAAUGAAGAAAAUUUUGAAGAGUCAAGAAAAUAUAUACAUAAAGAAAUAACAAAAACACUUAAGGCUAAUUCAGUUAUGAUAAAUAAAAUAUCUUCUGAUGGUCAUGCAGAAAAAAAUAAUAAGGAAUAUAUAUAUAAUGAAAAUAAAAAUAAUAGUAAUAAUAAUAAUAUGGAUAAUAAAGAAUUAAAUAAUAAGAAAAAUAUUAUUAAUAAUAAUAAUAAUAAAAUGAUAAAAGUUAAUAAAUAUAUGACAUGCAAUGAUAAAAUUAUUAGUGGUAUUGAAAAUGAUCUGAAUAAUAAUAUAUAUCGACAUAAUGAAAAUGAUAAGAAAUACGAUAUGGUAAAUAAUAAUAAAAAUAUAAAUAAUUAUAGCAUAUUGAAUAAUAAUAAUAUAUUAAAUAAUAAUAAAAAUUUUAAUAAUAAUAAUAUGAUUAAUAAUAAUAAUAACAUGAUUAAUUAUAAUAAUAAUAACAUGAUUAAUUAUAAUAAUAAUAAUAUGAUUAAUUAUAAUAAUAAUAGCGUGUAUAAUAAAUGUGAUCAGGUUUAUGAAAAUAUUAAUGUAACAAAUAAUUCUUUCUUAAAUGGAAGAACAGAUGUUUUGCCUAAAGAUUUUUUUUUAGAAGUUAAUAGAAAUAAUAAUUUAGUACACGAUUAUAAAUUAAAACAUAAUAUAGAUAAUUUUGUUUUUAGUAAUGAUGAAAUGAUAUAUAAAACGAUAAAGGGUAAUAACAAGUUGUAUGAUAUAUAUAAGAAUAAUAAUACGGAUAGAAACAUUAAUAAUAAUAAUAUGAAUAUAUAUGAAAAUGAAAUUAAUAAUAAUAUAAAUAACAUGAAAAAUAUGAAUAUUAACUUAUUUCGUAUGAAUGAAUUAAACCAUGCAACUUGUAGUAAAAGAAACCAAUCUAAUUUUAUAAAGAAAAAUAAUAAAGAAUCUAAAAAGGAAACCACAAAUAAUAUUAAAAAGAUUGACAUACAUAAUAAAAUUAUUAAUAAUGAUAAUAUUAUUAUUAAUGAUAAUAAUAAUAAUUAUUAUAAUAAUAAUUAUAAUGAUAACAUUAUUCGAAAUAUAACAUUUAAACAUGUUGAUAAUAAAAAUGAUGAAAAUGAAUGUAUUGAUUAUAAUUUAUAUAAUGAGACUUUUAUGGACAUGAAUAUAUCUUAUAACAGCCUUAUGAAUGAUAACAUUAAUGAUGUUAGCAUGCAUAACAAUAAAAAUGAGGACUACAAUAUAAUGAAUAGUAAUUAUAAUAUAUACAUGUAUAAUAAGAACAAAAAUCCCACGAAACCUUAUUCAAAAAAAUUGUUUACUGAUAAGAAUGAAUAUUCCAAAAUUAAUAUAAUGGAAAAUGAUUGUAAUAAAUAUAAGAAGUAUAAUAAUUUGAAGGAUAACUUUUAUAUGAAUACCAAUUAUAAAAAUAUAUGUACAAAUAUGGAUUAUGUAAAAAAUAAAUCAGAAUAUUAUAUGAAACCUGAUAUGAAAGAUAAACGUUAUGCAAAUAAUAAUAUGUAUGAUGAUUUUUUUACUAUUGAAAAUAUGGAAAAAUGUGAUGAGAAAAAGGAUUACUUAAAAAAUCAAGAAUAUAACUACAAUAUGAAUUGUAAUAAUAGAUUAACAACAAAUGAAACAUACAAUUCUGGUAUAUAUAAUAGUGGUAGUUAUAAUAAUACAUGUUUCCAUAGUACAAAUAUUAAUAACAAUCCUUAUGAUAAUGUAAAUUUUAAGAAAUCCAGUUAUAAUAAUGGAAUGUUUAGUAAUGCUACAUAUAAUAAUUAUACUUAUAAUAAUGCAAUUUUUUCGAACAAUGUUUAUAAUAAUAAAAUGGCAACAAAUAGUAUCCCUAGUAGUAAUAUUCAUAGUAAUAAUAAUAUUCAUGUUAAUAGAGGUUUUCAUAGUAAUAAUAAUUUUGACUUACAUAUUCCACAUUCCCCUUUUGAUGGUGCUGAAAAUAUUAUUUCAAACACCAAAAAGAAUAUGAAAGAUAAUUCUUUUCAGGAUGGAAAGCAAAAAAAAGUAUUUAACCCUUUGUGUGAGAAUAACAAUUCGGCGUUUAAUAAUUUAAACAAAGAGUAUAUACGUGGAAAUAAUAUGAACACCUCCUCCAUCAAUGGAAUUGUGAAUAACAAAAAAGGUAAAGAAAAGAAAAUUAUUUUUCAUGAUAUGGAAAUUAAAAAAAGAGAAAACAACAUGAUAAAUGAAAACUUAAUAGAUAAUCCUUCUGAACCUAAUACAGGAUUGUUGAGCAGUUUCGACUUUAUGUCUUAUCAGCCUUAUAAUAAAAAUAAUGAUAAGGAACCUAAUAAUAACAAAAAUAAAAUGAAUAUUAAAGGAAAUUAUAAAAUGAAUCAUCAUAUUGAUGUUGAUGAUGAAGAUGAUGAAACAUUGAAUAAAAGAAAGAAGAGUCAUAACAUUGUAAAUAACAAUCAUGUUAUAAUAAAUAAGAAGGAAUGUGGAAACUCAAAUGAUUUUUUACCCAGGGACAACCACACAUACAAUAAGAAUUUCAUGGAUAGUUAUGAUAAUAAACAUUUUGAUAUCAAUAAUAAUAAUGAUGAUGAACAUAAUAAUUAUGAUGAAAAUGAUAAUUAUGAUGAAAAUGAUAAUUAUGAUGAACAUAAUAACUAUGAUGGAAAUUAUAAUUAUGAUGAACAUAAUAAUUAUGAUGACCAUAAUAACUAUGAUGGAAAUAAUAACUAUGAUGGAAAUAAUAACUAUGAUGGAAAUAAUAACUAUGAUGAUAUGCAUUAUUAUCAUACAAAUUCCAAUAUAACAAAUACCCCAAGUAAUAACUUUUUACUUGGAGAUUCAAUGAAUGUAGACAAUAAAAUUGAUAAGAAUAAUGAAUUACAUAAUGAGCAAGAAGAAAUAGAAAACGGAGAUGAAAAUAUACAUGAAAAUAAAGAAUAUGUAAUAAAACUUUUUUUUGGAAAUUUAGCUCCUAUAACUACAGAAAAAGAUAUGCACAAUUUGUUUAGUAAUUUUGGUAGAUGUGAUUCAUUAAUUAUAUUAAAAGAUAGAAGAAGUAAAUCACGAGGAUCUGGUUUUGUUACUUUUUAUAACAGAGAGGAAGCAGUAAAUGCCAUAAAAUGUUUAAAUAAUAAAAUAAUUUUAUCAGGUGCUCAUAAACCAUUGGAAGUUCGUUUCCCCGAAAAUAAAGAAGAAAAGAAAAUAAGAACCAAAUUAUUAAAUGCGGCAAAAUGGAAGGGUAAAAAAAUUGCACCUAGUGGAUGUCUACCAAUAAGUACUGAGGAUAUAUUAAACCAAUCAUCCUUAACAAUGAAUAGUACAAAUAAUAUGUCUAUUUUAAAUGCGAAUGAUUCGUAUAAUAUGUUUUCAGAAAAUGAAAAUACUGUUGUAUAUGAUAAUAAAGAUAUGAAUCAUUAUGAUAAUACAAAUAUAAAUCAUUUAAAUUGGUCAGAACAAUUUUCGGAGUUAUGUAAAACGACUAGUGAAACAACAACUGAAACCUUAAAUAAUGAUUAUUUUAAUAAAAUGGAAGAGCUUAAAAUGGCUACAUAUAAUCGUCUAUAUGGAAACGGACCUCAUAAAAAUUACACUGAUAAUAUGAAUAUUAAUUUAAUGUUACAAGGAAAUUUGGGUGAAUUUCUACCAAAAUUUUUAAUAGACAAUAAUAUUAGUAGUGCAAAUAAUGCUUCUUCGUUUGGAAAGAGCAAAGAUAUUAAUAAUGUUAUUCAGAAUGAUGAUAAUAUGGAUGAUAAUAUAAAUGAUAAUAAUAAUGAUAAUAUAAAUGAUAAUAAUAAUAAUAAUAAUAAUAAUGAUAAUAAAAAUAAUAAUAAUAAUGAUAAUUAUUAUGAUAAUACCAUUUUGGAUAUGAAAAAUGGGGCCGUAAAUAAUUAUUUAAACAAUAAGGAAAAAAUAAUAGAUAAUACAGUUGUGAAUAAUAUGAAUAAUUAUAAAGAAAAAUUAGAAAGGAUCAAUGAAAGAUAUUAUGAAGAUGAGUUAAGUUUCUUAAACUUUCCAACAAGUGUAACACGUCAUGAUAAAAACCAUCAAAGAGAUAAAAGAAAAAACUGUUUUGAAGCAUAUAUAGACAAUAACAAUUAUUUUAUUGAUAGUAAUCUAAAGGAAGUUAUAGAAAAUAAUUUAUAUUCAAAUAUAGAUAAAGAGCAAAUUCAUAAAGGCCUAGAAGUAAACAAAUCAUCAAGCAUAAAUCAUAUAGUAAAAGAAGAAGUUGGUAGUAUGAUUCAUGAUAAGGAUAUUUAUAUAAAAAAGAAGAAGAAUGAAAAUAUAACUAAUGGAUAUAAUAAUAUGAAUGUACAUCAUUUAGGUUUUAAUUUAUUUGAUUUAAUAAAAACUAAUGAUGAUGUAUUAUUGAAAAAUGAAUAUAUAAAUAGUAAUUCGCUUAACCAUGAUAUGGACAAUAUACUAUUAGCUAAUAAUAAAAAGGAUAAUCAUAAUAAUAAUAAUAUUAAUAAAAAUAACAAUGAUAGUAAUAGUAAUAAUAAUAAUAAUAUGAAUUGUAAUAAAUCGAUAGAUGAUAUGAUACCUUAUGAAAGUUUGAAAAAAAUAAAUGAUUUAUAUAAUUUUAAGUAUAAUAAUUUUUAUGAAGAAUCAGUCAAACUUCUAGGAACUAAUCUCACUGAAGAUAUAAGCUUAAAUAACCCUGAUGUAAAUUUUAAUAAAUAUGAUGAAUAUUUAAAUUUAUAUAAACAAAAUGAAGGAAAUAAAAAAACAGAGGAACAGGAAGACCACACAAAAAGAAAAGAUGAACAAAAUAAUGAUUUACUAUCCUUAUUACCUCAAGAUUUUAAUAAAGAAAAAUUUUAUUUAAAUCUUAAAAAUAUGGAAAGAAAUAAUGAUAGUUUAAGUGAUGAAAUGUUAAAAAAUUUAAUCAACCUAUAUACAAAAAAUAAAUCAUCUAUAUUUACUUCCCAUAUGUUUAGUUAUCUAAAUAAUGUUCUUUGUGAAAUAAAUAAUGCUUUGGAAAUAUUCAACAAAUUUAAUGCAAAUAGUUCCAUCCAAAAUAAUAGUGAUAAUAGUACCAAAGAAUAG